UCCCUGUACUUAACACAUUAAUCCAUUUUUAUUCUCUGCUCUCAAUACGACUGUGCCAAGGCUAUCCCUGAUCAAUUAGACAAAAUUACGUGUUUUAAACUUGACCUCAUUCAUAUACUACCAAAAACAGUUACCCCUUACAGCAUCCGCUCUGCGAUCGCACGCAGGUCCAGUUAUGUGCGCUAGUGCUCAUGUGUCAACCUGUUUGAUCACCAAUCAUCCCUUCGAACGAAUCAAAAAUACAUAACAUUCAAUCUUCAACAACCAUCCAUUCACCAACCGCUUCAACGAAACGACGACGAACGAAGGUGAGCAUCCGACAACCGAGGUCCAAAAACUCCGCCGAAAACCUCAUUUGACCGCGAUUUCCGUUCCCAUACCACCUCGUACGACACAUUCACAUUCGAUCGUGGCGGCACACCGCCAACCCACCAAAGCACCGCUUGAAGCCGGCCGGAUACAAAUUUGAUAACCAAACGGUCGCAGCACACCUUCUUCGCAAGAACGUGGGGUCAUAAGAGAAAUAUGAAAUCCUUAUCUCGUUCGCGGUCCGACUUCACGGCAGUGUCUCGAUCCAGAAUGAACCACGCGCGAUCGCGCGUGAACCACUCGAUCAAGCCACCACCUCGGACCACCACACGGCCCAAGUAAUCGAUCAAACAUAAAACGCAACAUACGAAGGCUGGCUGCCCGCGCGGUGAUUGGUCCAUGGCGCGUUGAUCUCAGCCGCCCGCCCGAUACCCACCAGGUCGGAUGCUGCAUGAACUCAGCCGCCCGCCAAGCGCGAUCAGCGAUCGCUUGCCUCUGGUGAAAGAGAAACGUAACGCCUGCUCGGCUUUGGUUUGGAUGAAGCCACCACAUGAUGUUGCGCGCGCGAAGUUGGUCGCGCUCGGAUUCGGUUGGAGUUGGUUUGACUUGACUUGGCACCACAGCCAGCACCAACUGUAGCUCCCUUUUGGUUGGGCACCACCAGUCAGUUCUGUUUCGGAUCUGCUUGCGUUACGAGCUCCUAAAACCGUGUUCCAACCCGUGGUCGUUUUCAGCAGUGCGUUGUUCUUGGUGAUUGAUUGGUGGAGAAGUCCUCACGUGGCUUCGAAGUUCUUGGAUUUGGGUUUUUCGGAGAAUUGCUUGAAGUUUGGCGAUCUAGGAGAUUGUUUUUUGGAAAAUUUGUGUGUUUUGAGGGUGGAUCUGCUGAUUAGUGAAAUCUUCGCAGAAGAUUUUGGGAAGUUGUAGUGAGGAGAAUUUCUGAAUAUCCGUGACCCAGUAAGAAAAUCAUGCAAUAAUUCUGCAGUACAGAGAACAAGUGAACGUGAAAUAUCUAAGGCCAUCAUGGAAACCCCGUCGACCAGCUCGGAAGUUCCGAAGCGACACAGUCUGACUGUGUCCAGCGAAAGCGAAAGUGAAACCGUCAAACUGUCCGAUUCUGGCUCUGUUUCGCCCCAGCUGCCCCAUAAGGCUCCGAAGAAGGUUUCGUUUUCCGAUGAGCUCCCGCAGGAGUCCGCGACUUCCUCGGGAACCUCCGUGCCCGGAUCGACGACCGUGACCCAGAAAAGUGAAAGUGUCAAACUAGCUCAUGGUGACGUAAACCCGUUUGUGUUUGUGCUCCAGAAGAAUGAUUCCUACAUGAACAACCUUCACCAGAUGGAGCCUUCCCCGUCCGUAGUGCCGUUGACCAAUUCGGAUGUGUUCCCGAAUCAGCGUCGCGCUUCGGCCAACGGUCCCAACGAAAGUGAAACCGUCGUUGACCUUGAACCGAAGCCGUCGGCAUCGAUCUUGAAACCCAGUGACCCAGUUCCGAUUCCGGCGGCAGCCGCCUCGACCUUCGAUCCCAUUUCCGCCGGAUUGGUGAAUGAUCUGAAGACCCAACGUGACUUGGUGGAUGCAGCGAUGGUGCCCGCCGGAAAAAAGAAGAAUUUGGCUGACAGUGACAAGAUCGAGAAGAGUGCUUUGGGCAAUGGUGAUCAGCAGCCGCCGCCGGUAGUUAGUGCUAUGGAACUGGAAGUGAAGCGAGACAAGCGCCGUUGGCUGCUGAUUUCGGAGCUGAGUGCGAUCUUCGGCGAGGAGAAGCAUACCGUCGACGGAUUUAAGCGGAUCUUCCGAGAACAGGCCUUUCUGCAGAAUCUCUUCCGGCUGUUCGACAUGGACGGGGAAAAUUGUCUAGUGCAGGACAAGUGGAUCGAACAUCUCAAGGGGCGUUUGACUGACGAGAAACAGAUGGACUUCGCCGAGCAGCUGGAAUCGGUUGCGUACGUGUUAUGCGGCGAAGGAACGGUUUCCUAUGAAAAGUUCUGCCAAAUAUGGCACGCCAAAGGGAUCUUGGACAAGCUGUAUCGGCUAAUCGACGUUGACUCCACCAACCUGCUGUCGACCAAUCAAAUUAUGGAAUUCAUCUCAAACCUCACCAACUCGCGACCCCGAACCGGAUUCGACAAAAUAUCUCUGGAACGGUUGGAGCAACUCUUCAUUAAAACCGUCGGCAACGAGAAGGAGAUUCGACGGGAAGAAUUCAAGAAAAUUGUCACAUCCAAAAAUCCCUUCUUCACGGAACGGGUCUUCCAGAUCUUCGAUAAGGACAACUCCGGGUCCAUUUCUCUGCAGGAGUUUAUCGAUGCCAUUCAUCAGUUCGCGGGGCAGUCUCCGGAGGAUAAAAUUAAAUUUUUAUUCAAAGUGUAUGAUUUGGACGGUGAUGGGCUGAUACAGCAUCGAGAGCUGCAACAUGUGAUGCGCGCCUGCAUGGAAGAGAACGGAAUGAGAUUUUCCGAGGAUCAGAUCGAGGACCUCACGAUGGCAAUGUUCGAAGACGCUGACAAGUUCAACCGGGGAGCCAUCACCUAUGAAGCACUCAAAAGUCAGCUGGAAAAACAUGGUGGACUGCUGGAAAAUUUAAGCAUCAGCAUCGACCGGUGGUUGGUUCCGCUUCCGCAGGAGGACUCCACCCGGAAAAAGCACAAGAAGAAACCGCUACCGCACCAGCUGACGGCACCGUACAUCAAGAACAAUUACGUCUACCUUUCGUUUCUGUCCGUCUUCAUCCUGAUCAACGUGGGCCUGUUCAUAUCGCGUGCGAUUCAGUACCGCAAGAGCAACGGAUUUGUCAUCCUGGCGCGAGCCUGCGGUCAAUGUCUCAACUUUAACUGCGCCUUCAUCCUGGUAUUGAUGCUGCGGCAGUGUAUCACAUUUCUCCGGACCAGAGGAUUUACCGCGUUUCUGCCACUGGAUCAGCACAUCUACCUGCAUAAACUGACCGGGAUGCUGGUGGCAGCAUAUAGUCUGCUGCAUACCAUCAUGCAUCUGUUUAAUUUCACGACGAUCGUUGUCAACGAUCCGGUGGUCAACGCGAAGAACUUCACCACCGCCGAGUGGCUGUUCACGUCCCGGCCCGGUCUGUUCGGCCUGGUCGGCGGUUGCGCUAAUCCAACCGGAUUCGCACUGUUCUUCAUCCUGCUGGUUAUGUUCAUCUGUUCGCAGCCGUUCGUUCGCCGUGGAGGCAGCUUCGAAGUUUUCUACUGGACUCAUCUGUUGUACGUACCUUUUUGGAUUCUGGUACUCUUCCACGGGCCCAACUUCUGGAAGUGGUUCAUCGUUCCCGGAUUCAUCUACAUAGUCGAGCGGACCGUUAGAUUAGUUUGGAUGCGAACAGAGCAUGGCAAGACGUACAUCUCCUCCGGAUUGUUGCUGCCCUCCAAGGUCACCCAUCUGGUCAUCAAGCGGCCAUUUCACUUCUGCUUCCGUCCGGGCGAUUAUGUGUUCGUAAACAUCCCGGCCAUUGCCAAGUACGAGUGGCAUCCGUUUACGUUGAGUAGCGCACCAGAACAAGAGGACUACAUCUGGCUGCAUAUCCGAGGCGUUGGCGAAUGGACCAACCGACUGCACAGCUUCUUCGAGCGGGAACAGGAACGCCUCCACAGCGGAGAGAUCCCCGCAGUCAUUGCCGGUUGUUCGACCACCCCGUCUUCAUCUUCUAGCACCGAAAAUGUCCAAGAGAAACCUAAGGAAGUCCCGCUGAAAUUCUCCGCAGGCAUAACCAAACCCGUCAGCGUUGAAUCCCCGUUGGCAAAGACUACGGAAAACACUUUCGACAAGCCUUUGGUCAACAAGCGAAUGCCUCCCGGAACGUCCAAACUGGCGAUGGAAAGCUACACCGCUCCUCCACCUACCGCACCACCAAAGUUCGACAGGCAGCUAUCGGAGAACAAGGCCAUCAAAAAGAUCCAAGCCACGCUUCAGAGAACAUUCUCUCGAAAAGACGCGUUCCGUGGCGCUGGAGUCUCAAACGACGCGUUUACCGGCGACGAUGGAUUGGAAGAGCCCAAACGUAAGGUCACUCCGGAGCACAACCUGCACAAGCUGCUGUUCCAGCAGAAGGUCCCACUGGAGAAGUCGCUGUCCAUGCCCGAUAUGCAGAACAAGGUCAAGAAGCGUGAACGGAUGAUGGUUCUCCGCGAAUACAUGCGCUCCGAAUCAGAGCGAUCUUUCGACGAGGUCCAGAUCCGCAAGGCACGUCUCCAAUCGCUGGGUCUUGCCUACCUUAGCCCGCAGAACAAAUCCCUGGCCCAAAGUUUCCGUUACAUGCGCAACAAGCCCACCAUCAUCGCUUUCAAAACGCCAAGUCUGGAGAACUGCGAACCACGUGACUCAACCAACUCGAUGGUCGUAUCCCCGGGAGUGUUCACCCAAAAAGAAGCGGAAGAAGGCAAAAUCGUCCACCGAAGCAGCAGCACCAGCCCCCACAAGCCCGGCGCCACCGACGAAGACAAACUGCAACGCCCAGUCAACUAUCCCGUUGGUAAACCCCUGGAAAUCUACAUCGACGGUCCGUACGGAGCCCCAUCCAGUCACAUCUUCCAAGCACAGCACGCCAUUCUCAUUGCCACCGGCAUUGGAGUGACCCCAUUCGCUUCGAUCCUGCAAUCCAUCAUGCAUCGCUACUGGAAGGCACGGCACUGCUGCCCCCGGUGUAACUUCGAGUGGUCCAGCGAGAUUCCACCGACGAUCAUGAACCUCCGGAAGGUGGACUUCUUCUGGAUCAAUCGGGACCAGCGGUCGUUCGAGUGGUUCGUGAACCUCCUGUCGCAGCUGGAGAUCGAACAGGCCGAACUGGGCGGAGCCAUGGAACGGUUCCUGGAGAUGCACAUGUACAUCACGAGCGCGCUGCAGAAAACCGACAUGAAGGCCGUCGGACUGCAGCUGGCGUUGGAUUUGCUACAUCAGAAGGAAAAACGUGAUCUCAUCACGGGCCUAAAAACGCGCACCAACGCUGGCCGGCCCAACUGGGACAAGGUGUUCAAACAGAUCCAGGACCAGAAGAAGGGCAAAGUGACCGUGUUCUACUGCGGUCCACCUCAGCUGGCGAAAACGUUGCGCUACAAAUGCGACCAGUUCGGCUUCCAAUUCCGGAAGGAGGUGUUCUAGAGGAUCGCUCGUAGGCCAAGGCCUCGAGUGCACGUUAAUUUGAAUUAAUUUUGAACAUUGAUUAAUUGUAGUAGUGUCGACCUAAGUGUUCUUAAUGUUAUUUAAAUUUGUUUUAUACUCUUGUAAAUUAUUGCCUCAUGUAUUCGUCAAUCUAACACAACGUCGUGUCAUUGUAAUAAACACAUUUAAUUUAUUGAUGAAACCGUUCUUUCGUGCAAAUAAAUUCAAAUUUGAAAGCUUCGUA